UCAGUCCAUGUUCCACUCGCCAACCCAUACACAUACACAGACACACACACACACACACACACACACACACACACACACACACACACAGAGUAAGUCAUGGAGCAGAAGAGGAUCCUGUGUGUCGGUUUGGUGUGUUUGGACAUCAUUAACGUGGUGGACACAUUUCCGGAAGAGGACACAGACACCAGAUGUGUGUCCCAGAGGUGGCAGCGAGGUGGGAACGCCUCAAACUCCUGCACAGUUCUGUCUCUGCUCGGUGCUCCAUGUGCCUUCAUGGGUUCUCUGGCUGCAGGACCAAUCGCUGACUUCAUCCUGAAUGAUUGUAAAAUGUACAACAUUGAUGUGUCUCUUGUUACUGAGCAUGCUCAGUGCUCAUGGCCCACCUCCGUCAUCAUCUGCAACCAGACCAAUGGCUCACGGACCAUCCUGCACAUGAACAGCUUCAUCGUGGGGGAUUUUAGCCGCCGUGGUGUGGAUAUUUCUGCUGUAGCGUGGCAGCAGUGUGGCGAGACGCCAUGUGCGUGUUGUAUUGUUUGUCAAAAGUCGGGUUCUCGCACCGUGGUUCUCUACGACACAAACCUCCCUGAUGUUCAUUCUGAUGAUUUCUCCAAGCUGGACCUCAGUCAGUUUCAGUGGAUUCACUUUGAGGGUCGUAAUGCUGAUGAACAGGUGAAGAUGAUCCAGCAGGUGAAAAGCUACAAUGCUACACAGGAGGUGAAGAACAGGAUCACUGUCUCUGUGGAGAUUGAGAAAACUCAUCAGUCACUCUAUCAGCUCUUCAGUCAUGGAGACGUGGUGUUUGUGAGUAAAGACGUAGCGAUGCAUUUCGGCUUUCAGUCUGCGUCCAGUGCACUGAAGGGGUUUUACAGCCGUGUGAAAGACGGGGCUGUGCUGAUCUGUGCCUGGGCGGAGAAGGGUGCCGACGCAAUGGGUCCGGAUGGUACGGUACUGCAUUCUGAUGCUUUUCCUCCUGAGAACCUGGUGGACACACUCGGAGCUGGAGACACCUUUAAUGCGGCGGUCAUUCACAGCCUGGCUAACGGAGGGUCUUUACAGGAAGCGCUCACAUUUGGCUGCCAGAUUGCUGGAAAGAAAUGCGGCGUUCACGGCUAUGACGGGAUCGUGGAGUGAAAACAGAGCUGAAGAUGCAGAUGUUCAGAAACAUCACGUGUGGUUUAAACCCCAUGCUCCUGCUGAUCGGCAGCUCUAACACAUUCAUCAUCUUUACAAUAAAGAGGCAGCUGACCGGCCUCGUCCCAAAUCUACAGCUAGAGCUCUCCCUUAUACACUUACACAUGAGUCAAGGGCUGAGACCCAGAGACACUGAAAUAUUAAUUCACAGUAUAAAAUAAAUAUAAUAUUGCUUUGGUAUGUAAUAAUAAUAAUAAUAAUAAUAAUAAUAAUAAUAAUUAUACAUUUAAAGAAGAAAGAGUAAGAAAAACAUGAGCAAAUGUAAAUAAAUAAAAA